CGAGGAAGGGAUGAAUGUUGUGCUGCACGUUGCGGCGAAUAUGUAUGGCGUAUAUGCGUUUUCUGCUCUACAUAAUAACAGCGAACAGCGUAUCGUCCACGCGAAUGUCCAGCAAUCGUACCAACUUUUUUACAUCGAGCGCUCGGCUGGUGAAUAGUGAAUCGUUUGCGAUUACAAAGUUACUCAUUCGCACCUUGGGAACAAUACUGUUAAGUUUUAAAGUCUUUAUUCCUACGUCUAAAGUGCGUUUUUGUUAAUUUGUGGACACUGUGACAUUGUUUGGAGUUUUAAAGUUCAGGAUAGUGUGGGUGUUUAGUGUGAUGACAUAUGGGCACAGGAAUUAAAAUUUGGUUGAAUUGCAGCGCGUGCUAAAGUGUAAUAAAUGUUUCGGUUGGGUAAUGAGCACGUGCAUGUCGCAAGCUGAAAGAGUGCGUCAAUGCGUAGUGCAACUUAAUACCAACAAAGCGACUAGAACGCCCGGAACAAGUAGAAUGUAACACCGGACGCCGGCAACGGGACAAAACGGAGUAUCUACGCACACAAGCGGGUGGGAUAUUUGUCGUCCCAGUCCUCGUGUUCGUCCUAGUCGGCGCUGUCGGUGUUUGUAGAGUGCGGUGCGUGCAGCGCGCGGUGGUAUAUGGCAGUGCCGUCGCGCGCCGAGACCGAAGAAGCCAUGGCAAUGGCAGCUGCUUGAUAAGGGGUGCCUAGCGGUGAGCGCACCACGAGGGGUCACACGCGCAGAACCACCUGGCGACGCGCGCUCCCUAAUAUUCAAUUCAGUAUCGACCGGGCACGAGUUACGUUUCUCGGACAGUGAAUCGAACUAAGCCGAGCGGCGGCACACGGAACUCGAACGCACCGGGCAUGUACGCGAUGACAAAACCGGCGGGCAACGAUGGCGGCGAUGGCGGCAAGCGCUGAAGUAUGCGCGAAUCUGUGCGAGCGCGAAAUUUCCGCCGGAGUUUGUCAGACGGGGCACAGUUUAGUCACCGCCGCACGAGCGGCGUCGUCGUCGUCGGGACACGCGUCGAGUGUGGUGCCAUAAGCGGCGUCGCGGGCGACGCUUAAUGGUGGACGCGAGUAUUACAAACAAAGUGCGUUUGAUGGCGUCGCAUUCAAGGCGGAAGUGCGUCGAAACGCUAUAAUAUGGCCUCGCAAGGAGCGCGGCACGGGCUCGUAGGAUAGGAGCGCCUUCGAUUUUCACCAAAGCACGAACAAGGAUAAUAAGGACUCCGUGUGACACCGACGCACAGAGCAUGUGAGUGCCGAGGUGCACUUAUCACAAUGAUGGAUAACAUAAUUGAGCACCAGCUCGGCGAGCAGGUGGAGACGGUGGAUGGUGGAGGCGGAGCGCAUGUGGUGGUCGCCGGCGGCAUGGACACUCAAACCGUCCGCAUGCGGUUGGUGACGCGCUCCGUUGUGGAGCGUCGACUUGUCAAACAAGAAGAGGCGGAUGGUUCUUUAUCAGUAAUUGUUCAGCCUCAGGAGGACUCGCGUGACUCAGAACUGCUUAGUCCCGGUAAACUAUCGCCGACGUCGGUGAGUGUCGCGAAUAUGAUCGACAGCGCCGACUUCCGAACGUUGCAGCCAGAACCCACAUACCAGACGCUAACGUCGGUUAACGGCAGGAUGUCGCCUCCGGGAUACAGCCCGAACUCGUCCUAUGCCACGUUGACGCCGCUACAACCGCUACCGCCAAUCUCAACCAUGUCGGACAAGUUUGCCUACGGGCAUGCGAGUAACGUUACCGGCUCCUUCACCGUAAUGCAAAAUAAUGGACUGGGCAUUGGUUUGGGGCUAGGCGUAAACGUCAACACGGCGUACACAAUGCCCAAUAUGGGCAUGACCCCUCCGCACAAUUAUUCCUCACCUGGAAUGGGUAUGCAGCAGCAACCGUCACCCAUCAGCCCACAAAGCUCUUACAGCCAGAAUGGGCUGCCUUCGCCGCAGAAAAGCAUGUCACCUCCUCAAUACGACUCGCCGUACGGCAACCAGCGCGACUUGGUUGGACGAUCACUCUCUAGCCCACAACUCAGCCCACCUUCGGGGUCCCUGAACUCCCCGGGAGGUUCACUGGUGACGAGCUUCAGCGGUGCGACGUUGAAUGGUCUCACGUUACAGCAUCACCCUCCGACGCUAGUGCAAAUCGCGGCACCACAACGUGAAUGCUCUCCAUCACCUCCGAUUCUCACUCUACAACAGCAACAACCUCAACAACAGCACCAACAGCAACAACAGCAGCAACAACAACAACAGACCCAGCUACAACAGCUCAACUCAAAGAACCAGAAUCAGAACAAUUCGCUUAGCGUGACCACGAUAUCCGCCGACGUGGAGGAGAUCAACACCAAGGAGCUGGCGCAGCGGAUAAGCGCCGAGCUGAAGCGGUACAGUAUACCGCAAGCCAUCUUCGCACAGCGCGUACUUUGUCGGUCACAGGGCACGCUCUCCGACCUCCUACGCAAUCCAAAACCAUGGUCCAAGCUGAAGUCAGGUCGAGAGACUUUUCGACGCAUGUGGAAGUGGUUACAAGAGCCUGAGUUUCAGCGAAUGUCAGCGCUGCGGUUGGCAGCUGCGCAGAUACCUCAACGAGGCAAUUCGGUUUUAGGCUGCAAGAGGAAAGAGGAUGUUACGAUCCAACAGCCGCCUCCACAGGAGCAGUUACCUACGCCGAAGAAGCCCAGGCUGGUUUUUACCGACCUGCAACGCCGUACUCUUCAGGCUAUUUUUAAGGAAACAAAACGACCGUCGAAAGAAAUGCAAGUCACGAUCGCCCGACAGCUGGGUCUUGAACCAACAACCGUGGGCAACUUCUUCAUGAACGCACGCCGCCGCUCAAUGGACAAAUGGAAGGACGAGGACCCAAAAUCGGCGGCGCACAUGAUGCACGGUAUGUCCCCGGGCAUGGAACAUGAAGACCCAGACGGCGACAUUGACCUGGACAAUGAUAUGGAUGAUCACGACGACGACGACGACGUGUUGUGACAUGCAUUACGCGAUCGCCAAUUGUUAAUGCUGUGAACACUUAGUAUAUCUUUGUUGUGGCCGAGAACGACAUUGGACGGGGACGCCGCGACGCGCGACCACAAAAGUAUUUGCGAGCAACCACACAUUGUGACGAACAAUCAAAUUCGAAGCGGAGCGUGCGCGGUGUGCUUGGAUGUUUUCAGUGCAAUGUGAAAAAAAAAAUGCGAACACGAGCAGGGUGCACCGGAAGCGGAGGCGAAUAUUAAACAAAAAUGCAAUCUAAUGUAGCAUCCCAUCUAUACACACAAGAAUACAAAUGCAAAUGCAGUAGCCAAUUGAGUUUGAACCGCAAUCUAUCAAUUAACGUUUGAUAUUUUAGUCAAAUAGUCAUGAUUUUUAUUACUCAUUGGCGAAUACGUUGAUUUAUCAUUAACCGAACGCACGUAUUGAUAAAUAAUGCUAAACGUUGACGAAUUCACCAAAGCUACAACCAAGAACAUCGCUCGUUGAUAUAGUUGGCUAUUAUUUAACCAGAUAUGAAUUCGUAACAUAGUUCAAUUAAGCUUUAAGCUUGUACGAUUAGUUACAAAGUUAAAUUACCUUCGACCCGAUAGAUGAUGGACCCGGCAUGAAAAAAAAAAACUUAAUUGUGAACAUGAACAAGUACAAUGUGAACUGUUUCUAGUCAUUUACAGCCUAGUGUUUAUUUUUAUUUUUUGUUAAUUUAUUUAAUUGUUUCGUGGGUAUUUAAUCAUUGAUUUGCUAUUGGAAACUAAAUGUUUGGCACCGAAAUAUUUUGAACUUUUUGAACAAAGUUCGUAUACAAGACAAGGCACAUUCCUAAUGCGAAAAAAACAUAUUUUUUAUAUUGUACAUAAACAUGAUCAAGUUGUUCCAGGAAUGAUAUCGACUAUUUAUUUAUUUAUUGCUUAUUUAUAAUCGACCUGUAAUUACAAUCAUUUUGUAUGUCACACUAAGCCAACGACGGAUACGCAGAGAUAAUUGCUGAGAAACCAAACCAAACAAAAAAACAAAACAUGUGAUAAAUUUUAUUACUAACGAAUGAUGAUGAUCAUUGCUAAACAAAACAAUUGUAAGGUAAUUGCGACAGUAUUAAACCGAUACAACAAACACGUUGAAAAUGAUGUAACACUGAACACAAUAGUAUGUUUCCGCAAAUCGUAGAUUUUUGAUCACUAACUUAAUGUAAUACAAAUCAUAAUGAGAUACUAGAUGCAUCAGUGAGUGAUUAUGAACGGAUUGGAAUUGUUUGGUAAACGUGAACAAAUAAUAAUAAGUAAUCUACGUUUUUGGAAGAAGAAGAAAAAAAAUCACGCAAUAAUAUUUCCGUACCUUGUGUUACAAUGGCAUUUACUGUAAAUAGCUAUUUCAUGCUGACUCGCUGAUGCUAAACAUCUCCCAAAAUCAGUGUUAAAUUAUACAUUCCGUUUUUUUAGUCAUUAGUGAUAAGUUUUUACGUUUGACGUUUUUUAUUUUUAUUUAUUGUUUAAAUUUUUCUUUUAUAUUUUAUAAUUUAUGCUAUUUGAGAGGGUUUUACUGCUUUAAGCCACAGUUCAAUAAAUAAAAAACAUAAAUAAUUGCGUGUAAAUAAAAUUUUAGCACAAAUUAAUUCGGAAUCAUACAAUUCGGUGACAAAACUGUAUUUCAAAUUUAUUUAUUUUAUUUCAUUAAAAGUUUUCUUUUCUUUUUAAUUUUCAACCCUUUCUGUGACAGACCUGCACCCUGAGUUUCAUUCGAUAGCUGGAGUUGUGCAAUGUGCAAUGAUGCGUGACAUUCUGUGAACCACUGAACAAAACGUUUUCCCAAUCACGAAUGAACUCUGAGUGGAAUGGGAAUAGAGCGUAAUAAUAUAAAUAAUUAGCUUAAAUGUAUAUAGUUAAAUAUAUAAAUAUAUAUAAUAUAGUAAACUAUCGCAACAGAAUAAUAAACUUUGUUACUUCACAUCAUUAAAAUGUUGAGACACACGGCAGACAAGAAAACCAAAGAAGCAAGCGUGGAAAAUGCGUAAAGCUCGUGAAAUGCGCGCAGCUAAUUAAUUUUAAAAGAAAAUUGAAACAAAAUACAUUAACGUAAGUAAAACUAAUCUAAAGCAGUAUAUUAAUGUAAAAUUAUUUAUAGAUGAAAUUAAAUAACCUGGUGGCAACUUUGGGUCGUCACACAAUGCCUUAAUACCAUGUAGAAACAAAAACAUACAAAAUGUAAAAUGAAGAAAAGCAAACAUUGUUUAACAAACCACACACAUUAUAGUAAGCACUCUUUUUGUCAGUACAUUCUGUAACUAGUUAAUUUCUAGUCAUAUUUUUAUGUAAAAAAGAAUAAAAGUUUAAACAUGAUUGAAAAUGAUGAACGCUGAUGAUGUAACGACGCAAUAAGCGCAAAAUGAGUAUUUAAUUAUUUCUUUCUGAUUAAUUGUUUUGGUAAAUCAAGUAAACAUUUAUUUUUUACUCUGUUGUGGUUGCUAAGUAGGAUUGCAAUUAAAAUUGAAGCGUAAAUAAUUCACAUCAUUGUUAUAAGCUCAAUAAAUAUCAAGGCAGAAAUUAUUUUCAAAUAAAAUUUGCAUUUUGCUUUUGGUUGAUUGAGUAUAGUUGAGAAUAUACAAUUUAUUAUUUACUCAAUUUAUUUUAUCUUCAAUUGAAUGUAAUUUUUCUUUUUUUUUUGCGCUAAAAAUUAUCAUUUAUUGUAUUAAUUAAUUUUUACUUUAUGAUGAAGAGUAUAAAUACAUUAUAUCAGCAUUUCAACAAAUUUAAAUUUAGAAGCCACUAAAAGAGUUUAAUCUAAUAUAAUUUAUAAACUAGUGCAAUAGAAACGUGUAAAAAUGGCAAUAUCAUAUCCCAUCAAUGUGUAAUCGUGACCCCCACGAGGCAAAACACAUUCUGUAAACGAACGCAUUGAUUAAAGAAAUACUAUUUAAAUUA